AUGCGUACGGCAAGGCGCGCCAGCACCGUUGAGGUGCCCUCGUUCCUCCGGAACCUUGCCAAGGAGACAGAGCGCAUGAUGACGUUCUUCUUCCGCAACACCGGGGGCAGCAGCGGGUCGUCACCACGCGACAGCAGCAGCGGGGAGGACGACGAGCUGAACGAUGACGAUGACUCCAUGCCCAGCCCGUACCUGCAGCGCCCCCUGGUGCACAAGAGCACGGGCGAGGGAGGAGCAGACUGGGGACUCAGCUACGCUGUGGCUAGCAUGCAGGGCUGGCGUGCCCAGAUGGAGGAUGCCCACAGCUGUCAGGCGGAGCUGGACGGGGACCUGUCCCAGUGGGGCUACUACGCCGUGUUCGACGGGCACGCGGGCACCAUGGUGGCACAGCACUGCGCACGCAACCUGCUCAAACACAUACUGGCCACAGGUGGUGUGCGUGCGGAGGAGGACCCGGAGCAGGUGAAGGAGGGCAUCGUGGAGGGCUUCCUGGACAUCGACCGGCAGAUGCACGAGCAGGCGCGCCGCGACAACUGGGACCGCAGCGGCUCCACGGCCACCGCCGUCAUGGUGUCGCCGCAACACUUCUACUUCAUCAACUGCGGCGACUCGCGUGCCUUCCUCUGCCGAUCGGGCCGCGUGCACUUCUACACGGAGGACCACAAGCCAAUGAACCCCCGCGAGCGCGAACGCAUCCAGAACGCCGGCGGCACGGUCACGCUGCAGCGAGUCAACGGCUCCCUCGCCGUGUCCCGCUCGCUCGGCGACUUCGACUUCAAGGAAGUGAGCUGGAGGGCGCAAACGGAACAGCUGGUCUCGCCGGAGCCUGAGGUGUAUGAGUUGGAGCGUAGUGAGGAGGAUGAGUUUCUGGUGGUGGCGUGUGACGGCAUCUGGGACGCCAUGAGCAACGAGGACCUGUGUUCCUUCGUACGCUCGAGACUGGAGGUGUGCGACGACCUCCGGGAGGUCUGCACGCAAGUCCUCGACCUCUGCCUCUACAAGGGCAGUCUUGAUAACAUGAGCAUCAUCAUCAUCUCUCUCCCUGGCGCCCCCAAGGUCUCACAAGAGGCACUGCAGCGUGAAGCGGAGAUGGAGCUUUGCAUCGACGGCAAAGUCGAAGAGGCUCUUCAGCUCCUCCACUCCCGUGAUGAGGAGCCUGAUCUCCUGUUCGUCAUGAAGUUCCUGACUGCAGAGUACAUCCCUGGUCUCCCACCAGGGGGCGGCGUUACGAGCAAGAGGGACUGCAUCCUGGCGUCUUUCCAGAAGUACUGUGCGGCCUGCAAGCCCCAGGAGGCCAUGGACACAGGAGGUUCUGACGAGUCCAACCAGAGCACCUAGGGAGCGUUCCCCUGGAAACGGAGUCUGAGGUAACCAUAGUGUCACCAUAGCAACGUGUUCACGUUGGCAACCCAGAGGCUCUAACUUGAGACCAGACAAAGGUUCUCACAAGACGAAGAGGAGGAAGAAGAGGACUAAAGAAGAAGAGGAGGAAGAAGAGGAGAGAAGAGGAUGGAGAUUCUUCUGAACAAAAAGCUGCUAAAUAACAAAUCAUUUCCACAGCAACUGCC